UACGUACAUUUCUUCUUACUUUAUUCUGAGGAUCUUAAAUCUUGACAUCUGUAGCGGACUGCAUGAAUUUUGCCUGUACCAAGAUGUGCCUGUUGAGGAUAUUCUACGCAUACAGUGUUGUUUUCGCCAUUGCUACUCUAUCAGAGGCAGCAAGUCCCCUGGCUCAACCAUCAAGCAUAACAUCCAAAGAUUCUUCUCACUCGAAUGAUGAUACGACUAAUAACCUCCCGGGUCGGUUGGUGCAACAUUCGUCCGAUUCGCUGACAGCGACAGAAUCCUGCUCAUCGAUUAUGGGCUUAGGUAUCCGUUGGCCCCUGACACCAAAGGGAGCCACGGCUGUCGAACAGUGUCUGCACAACACGGAAGGAUUCGCCCACUGGACAUGCGGGGAUACCAGUCCACCGCGAUGGGACGGCUUCCCCAACAUUACACAGUGCACAAGUUCCUGGAUGCAUGACAUUCGUCAGAAGGCCGACCGACAUGAGAAACCGGAAAAUCUUGCCGAGGAACUGGUGUGUCAGAUAUCCAAGAACGUUAUUACUUCCGCGGCGGACCUGUGGAGCGCGGUGGACCUUCUAACUGAGAUAGCGAUGCCAGGACCAACGGUGGUCGAUGAUACUAAAGAUACGAGUGUGGAAAAAUUAACGAACCAGGUGUUAAAGGCGGGCAGUAAUCUGUUGGAUGUGCGGCAUAAUACCAGCUGGGUGGAGCUAGGCGAAGCGGACCGCGCGGAGACGGCGACGGCACUGAUAGCCGCCCUGGAGACCACAUCGCUCACGCUAGCAGAGAGUGUGUCUAGUGGAGCCAUUCUGACAAGUCUCGAGAAAAAUAUCGGCAUGAGCGUCGGGAAAUUUCAAACGGCACAGAUGGAGGGAAAGGUCACGCUACCACCGCACAACGAUACCGUGGAUAGUAUCCAGUUCACAGCGGGGGCGUUGCAGAAUCAGGGCCUGGGGAAUAUGGUCAAGGUGGUAUUCUUGGCCUAUAGCAAUGUUGGGCCAUAUUUGGACAGUGUGCCGGCUGGUAUGGUCAUCAAUUCGAAGGUUAUAACGGCGGCAGUCAACGAUAUGCAUCGUCCCGGUCGACUGAAGAUACCGGUUACCAUUACACUUGAACACAUUGCCCCGGCUAAUGGUCGGUCAGUGUGUGCUUUCUGGGAUUACAAAGCCGAUACGGCGAUGAAUUUCCACGGAGUAUGGUCGACGCGCGGCUGUAUGGUGGUCAGAAGUGACAGCCAGAAGACCGUGUGCCAGUGCGAGCAUUUGGCGAAUUUUGCCGUUUUGAUGAAUGUUACGGACACGAUGGGAGCUCGCAUCAGUAACAUUCAGCGGGGUUGGUGACUAUUGGGCGUACGAAGUUGAAUUCUGGCGACGAGCGCGACAUAACUACGAAUCGUAGCGAACGUGGGCAGCAUGUUCUGAACAUGUCUAACUAUUCUCGCCAGUGUACCACGAGCGCCGCAUGACUGCAGAUUUAUCGGAAACUGGCUCAAAUGCUGUUUCUAAGUUUUCCUUUAGUUUGGUUUCUCUUUUUUUGGCGUACGAGACUAUUUUUACGUCUAAAAAGCCGAGCCUGUCAGCUGAUGCUUUUGGAUUCUGGUACUCUGGUAAACGCAAUCACAGCUGCAGCUUUGUGGCUUUUUUUACAUCGUUUUCCAACCUGCACGGCUAGU